AUGGCAGCGAUGGGCAACAGAAACAAUAUCGUCGCUUAUUCAGCCAAAUCUCAAACUUCUCCGUCAAACAUGCUCCCUGCGACAUAUCGACUGCCAUCUCGACAAGUUUUGCAGCUGUGGUGGCCUCCACAUCAGAAAGUUCUGACCCUCGCAGUAGACGUGAACUUGCUUCACUUCGUUCAGAAGCUGUUCGUGAGGCUUUCUCCAAACAAUAGCGCAUUCUGCACGACAUUGGAGGCUUUUCUUGGGGAACACAAUUAUAAGCUGUCUACGAAGGAUGACCGGUCGAGGCCCAGCAAGUAUCUCAGAGCGCGAUGCCCUCUGUGCUUUGGAGGCUCGCCUAACUUUCUCGUCUGUCUGAAUGCGUGCUUUACCCAGAAGUGCAGAAAGGGCAAAGGCAAUGAACGCGAUCUUCCCAGAUCCACAGCAUCAGCCAGUGGCGAUGAUGACAGUUACGAGGGGAUGCUUAAGAUUCCGAAGUCUGUCCUAGAUGGCUGUCAAGACUCCUUCCUCACCGCAGAUGAGAAGAGGGAGAAGGCAAGCACACAGUUUUUCGUGGACACUGGGCUAAUGGCACUUCUCUGUCGUCAUGACCGCGUACUUUGGCUUGUCAAUAUGACUUCAGCGGGUGAACGGCAACAUUAUGUGCUCACGUUGAUUCAACAUCUCUUUGAACACUUAUCUAUCUCGGCAGUCAUAGGUGUGCUGUACGACAUUGCCUGCCAGCUUUACCAAAGUUGUGUGAAGUGGGGCUUCCUGCAGGACUUUUCCGAUCGCAUUUUGUUUGUGAUCUCGAUAUUCCAUGCCUACGGUCAUCAGUGGCCCUGCCAGGUCAUAUAUCAUCCACAAAAAUGUGUCGGAUUCAGCCUAACGGAUGGAGAGGGCUGCGAGCACUUCUGGAGCACAAUCAAAAUUCUCAUACCGAGCCUGCGCAUAUCAGGGUAUCACCAAUGGCUGUUCACCAUCGACAUCCAAGUGAAGCACUUGGAUGAGCAGUCGCUUCAAUCGCUUGGGCAUUGGCUUGGAAGGAAGUGGGCCAGUUGUCGAUCAAAAAGGACAGCUGCUGAGGAAGAACUUGACAAGUGUGAAGUCCGAACGGAUAUACUGCGCAAGCAAUGGGCAAAGCAGAUAAAGCAGCAGACAAGGCCAAUGCUGGCCACCGUGUGUGAGCUCGAACAGCAGCUCAUGGGGGAUAUCGACCUGCUUACAAUCAGUGAACUCAAUGUGCAAUUAGACGAAGCACGGGACAAGCAUACCAUGGUCACACAAGCCAUUACGCGUAAGAAAGCUGUCCUCGGCAUUGAUGAUCGCGUAAGGCUUGCCGCGCUUGCUAACAACUCAAUUCUGUGGAUUCGCAUGAAUGCGCACGCUCUGAAGUUGCACAUACAUGAAUGUUUAUGGCAACAAAAGUUCGAACUCAAAUGGUUAGAACAUUCAUACCAACAGACUGUCAACAAUAGAAAGCUGACAAGUCACACGGAGUCUGCAGUCAAGCGUCGAGAGUCUGGUAUCUUAAAGCUCAUGAAGAUAUACAAUAAGCUGUGCAAGGACCUCUCUGACUUAACGAAAGGUUGUCGAGCCCCUCGUUUUGCCAUAGCCCCUCGCCCAAUUGAAACAAAUGCUCUAUUUAAGCUUGAUGUCGAUGAUGAUAUAUGGCAGGAUAUUGGCCUGGAUGAUGAAGUCGAAAGCAGCCCAGUCCCACCUUGGCUCGGUGACGAGAAGGUACGUGUUGAUAUCAAGAAUCUUCUAUUAGUGGACCGCUGCAAGGAGGAGGAGGCGAGAUUGUGGAAGGAAUGCUGUGCAAUGCAGGAAUGGUUGAUGGAGGAGUGGAAUUGCCUGGAGCAUGCAUCGGGUGAUGCUGAGGAUGUCGAUGAUGAAGAAUAUGAUUUCAACUCGUCAGAGGCUGAUGAAGAGGAGGUCGAAUUGUUGGAUGCAGUCGAGGACAUUGCAUUCACUGAUAUGUAUUGA